AUGGAUGAAGUCGAGUGUGAGACAAAUUUGAGGGCCGAUUAUGACAAAGAGUCAGAUGUUGUGAUUUGCAGUGGGAAGAUAGUUGAUGGUAUUGUAAAGGGUAAGGAUUGUAUGAACGGUCAUGAAGAAGGGAAAGAUGAUGAUAAGGAAGAGGAACCAAUGCAAGCACUGGAGGAUGAUUUGCUCAAAGAGAAAGAGGAAAUUCUUAAGCAAAGUCCCACCGACGAGUUGCAAAAAGUUAAAGAAAAGGUUACUUCAACUCCAAAGAUGGUGCAACCCCUUCCCAAAAUAAUUCCUCCAUUUCCUCAACGUUUCAAAAAUAAAAAUGAGGAUAAAAAAUUCAAAAAGUUAUUAUCCGUGUUGAAGACACUUAUUAUAAACCUUCCCUUAGUGGAAGCAUUGUUGGAAAUGCCGGGGUAUGAAAAGUUCAUGAAGGAGCUGGUUACUAAGAAGAGAAACAUCGACUUUGAAACAAUUGAAGUCUCUCAUAAUUGUAGUCCCAUUAUGACCAGCAAGAUGAUUACCAAAAAGGAGCAUCUGAGGGAAUUUACUAUUCCAUGCACCAUUGGUAUGCUCCAAUUUGCUAAAGUUUUGUCUGACUUGGGAGCAAGCAUAAAUUUGAUGCCUUAUGCAAUCUUUAAACAACUUGGCUCUGAUUUUGUUGUUCUUGAUUGUGAGAUUGAUGCUGAAUUUCCCAUUAUUUUGGGAAAACCAUUUUUACCAACCGGGAGAGCGCUAGUGGAUGUUGAAAGUGGGGAUUUGAAAUUUCAGGGGUAUGAUGAAGUGGUAGUUGCUCUAUUGGGGUUGGGUGAAUAUUCAAGGAACCCAUUGAAGCUAGACAUUAAUCUAAAGAAUCGAGAAAAUCCUCCCGCCAAACCAUCCACGGAGGAACCACCCAAGCUUGAGUUGAAAGUGCUCCUUGCUCAUCUUCUAUAUGCAUUCUUGGGGGAAAAUAACACCUUGUCUAUUAUCAUUGUAGCUGACUUGCUUGAGUAG